UUAACUGCAGGAGACAAUAUGCACUUUCAAAUUGCAGAGAGAAAUAUCCUGCAAGAUAUGGUCAAAACUGUAAAGAAGAAGACUGAUAUGAAUGUGAGGGAUAAAAUCCUAGUACUGCUCGACUCUUGGCAAGAGGCAUUUGGUGGUCCUGGAGGAAAAUAUACGCAGUAUUAUUGGGCUAACGAAGAACUGGGGCGGCCAAGCCGAGUCUGGAGUGUUGCGUCCGGUGCUGUCUCCAGCUGGAACAGUAUGUCGGGCGCUGCUGCAAUAUCCACCACCGCCUUGCCGUUACAGCAGCCACAACGGGAAGAUGGGCUCAACUGCUUCAUCGACGCCAGCUUCACACAGUUUGCAAACACGGCUUCCUACGGUGCCCUCUUCACAGAUUGCUCAAAUCUACACCGCUAUCUCUCGGCUACCAACUCCAGACCUCGGUCUCAAAUUGGGAUCAUAAUUACUGAUUGUUUGGCAAUUAAGUCUUCAUUUACUGCUUGUUCUUUUAAAUUAGGACAGUUUAAUUUAAUAGCUCAUACUCUUGCUGCGCAAGCCUCUAGACAUGCUAAUUCUUUGUACUGGGACACUGUCCCUCCUGGCUUUAUUUUGGCUCUUCUUCAUUAAUCUAUGCUCAGCUAUUUUUACUUUC